AUGAUUCAAGAUAAACCAGUCGGAAUUUAUGCUUCAGCUCUCCUUGCAGGUGCAAAUUUUGUAUUAGGAUCUGUUGUGAGUUCUCGUAGAAUGUCGUCCAGAAAAUCAAUAGGAUGUGAUGAAAAUGAUCCAAACAGUGCUUUGACUAAGGCCGUUCGGGCACAUGCCAAUCAUGCUGAAUAUACUCCAACUAUUAUUGCAUUGAUGUUAUUUAUUGAAUCAAAGGCAAUGUAUGCACCACAGGGAAGUGUAGAUAUCAAUGUUUUGCAUUGGUUGAGAUUUGGAAUGAUUGGAUAUGUGUUGGGAAGAAUUUCAAUUACUUGUGGAUUAAUGUCGAAAAAUUCAUUGAAUCAAGUUUCGCCAUUCAGAAGAUUGGGAGCUAUGAUGAAUUAUCUUUUUGGAAUUUUAUUGGCUGGUGGCAUUAUUUAUGUGCAAAAUUUUUCUUAUUAG